AUGUCCACCAUUCCCGCACCCACACUAAUCCUGCCACAAGAAGAAUGGCCUGAUGCCGACUUCGACCUCCCCGACGGCGUUCCACUCCACGCCCCCUCCGACAAGGAUGAUGAUGGUGAUGAGGACUGGGACAUGGACAUGGAUUUGGGUCAAACCGGCGGUGCAAAGGCAGAGGCAGUCGUCGCAGGACUGACUGCCAGAUUCGAGAUGUCGUCAUCCGCCUCCACCGUAAUCAACAUCCGCCCACCCAUCCACGCAUCAGACGCCGAGGAGGAUGAAGAAGGCAUGUCCACUAUCAAGGCCACCACACCUUCAACCGUUGUCUACGCCAAAUCAACCAACAAGCCUGUAGUGGAGCCCAUUGAUGAGGACUUUGAGGACGCUUUCUCACUACCUUCAGAUCUCACACAACUUUCACUCGCGCCCUUGUCUCUCGCCCACCGAUCCUCCAAGAGCUCUCUCGAAUGGGGCGACAAGGACAAUUCAUCCUCUUCUCAGUCCUCCGAUGCCUAUUCCACUCUCGGCUUCGCGGAAGCUUCUCCAUCUUCAAAUUCAACCUCUGAGGCGUCUCUCCCCGACACUGAAACAGAGGAAGACGAAGACGACCUCGAUGGACUCGUACUACCCUCGGCUAUGUUUGAAACAGGUCACAGUGCUCGCCAGCUGAACAAGAUUCUCGAGAUGAAGAAGAACGUUCAACAUCUCAGCCAACCGGUCAAGGUUUCAAGACCGGACCCGGAGGACGACUUUGAGAUGGGUCUUGUAAUCAACGACGAUGUUGACCUGAGCCCAAGCCGCCUAGUCAACUCGCAACAGCAAUCGCAACGUCACUUCAGUCGAAGCUACAGCGUGCCACCUGCAAAACCUUCCGUUCUCCGCCCUCCUUCAAGAGCAAAACCAGAACGCUCGAAAUCCCCUGCCAACCCACCAACCUCAUCUGCAAAACAGUUGCAGAAAAUACGCCUAUCACCCUCUCCGCCGCUUCGACCACCCUCUCGCUCGCACACUUUUCAACCUCUCACCUCUGGCCUUCCUACUCCCGGUCCCUCGCCAUCCUCUAAUAACCAUUUUCUGGUCGCUAAACCAGGCAGCCUCCGUGGUCAGAAGUCCCAUUCAGGAUUGAAACCACCGAGCCCGCCGUCAUCCUCACGGAAGCUCACUCGGAAAGCCUCUAUGUCCUCUUUGAUUGAAUCGAGCCAUGCCCAGGCAUCGGGAUCGAGUACGCCUAUUGAACCAAUCAAAGUUGCUCGCUAUGAAGAACCGACGGCGUCUUCAAGAGCGAGAAAUCACAAGAGCUCGACAAGUCGAAUACACGACUUCAAAGUGCCUCCUACACGCCCCUCUACUCCGUCCUCAAACCCUGCAGCCCUUCGGUUGACCAUGCCAACACAAUCGAGGCUGAAAUCCCGACCUGCCCUCUCGCAAGUCUUCGGCGGAUCGUCAGCAGCAGGUCAGGAGGUGCUCGGCGCACGGGCAACGUCGCCUCUUCCACCUCGACCUCCUUCAAGCUCCUCACUACGUGCGUCGGCACCAUCACGUAGUUCUUCGUUCGCUUCCCCUCCUCCUGCCGCUCCAAGACUCCUCCGACGUCCGAAGCGUCCACGGACAUACGGCGAUGGCACAGAACUCGAUGGCAUUGAUGACCUACCUACUGAUCGUGAGAAAGAGGUUCGCUACCGGGUCCAGCCCAAAGGUUAUGGCAAUCGGAUACCCGGAGCCACCUUUCCCUCGAAGCCUGCAGAGAAGGACAAAGACAAAGGUACGGUCAGGAGGAGAACUAAGCGCUCAGGAUCAACGACCAAUGAACAUGCGAUUGCUCCACAACCCUCAACAAACGCCCUACGGCGGACUACAACACGCAUCGAUUCUUCGCAGUCGGCGUCUGUGGCAGCAGAGCCCCUCCCAAAAAAGAAGAAGAAUGUUUUCUCUCCCAGCAGUUCAACGACGCGGCGAAAACCUACGCUAAUUCGUAAUCUUGGCGGAUCAAAUGCUCCCAAAGUUGUCGGAGACAUGAAGUGGAAUCCUCAAACUCUUCGAUGGGAAGGCAAUGAUCAAGUCCUCCGCGAUUUUGAUGCCGCUGUUGGGACUUCAACUCGACCUGCCCUCAUCACACAUCUAACGGGUUCAUCCAUUGGCUCGCCUUUGGGUUCAUUCGCCUCUGGCGCACGGAUAGUUGGAAACAUGGUCUUUGAUCCAACUCGUAUGUGUUGGAUAUCGACAUUGCCGCCAGACCAGGAUGAGCCUGAUGUGUUUGCAAAUCUCGCCGACGAUGAGGAGGAUGGUGAUAUUUCAGACGGCAAAGGUGCUACUAUUCGUGCCAAUGUCCCCCGUAUUUCAGACGCCAGCACGGCGUCCUCAUCAAACCCUCGGUCCCAAACCUCAAGCCCUACUCGCAGCCAUUCACGGUCAAUAUCAGAGUCUGGCAGUGAUCGAGGAUCAAGGGCAUCAAUGGUCGUAUGCGAUGUUGAUGAUGCCUUCAUCGAGAGCUGUCGCAAAGCUGAAGAGCGCCAUCGCGCGGAAAUGAAAGGUUGGAAAUCGAGUCUCGCCAGACGGGACGCCUCACUAGCGGCAGAUCGUUCAUAUCUCUAUGAGAUCAGGGCACUUGCCACACGCAAGUACUGA